CCACAGAAGCUCCACAGCCUCCAGACCAAACUUGAAGAUGACUCCCAAUGUCAGCCUGCUGUUGCUGCUCCUGCUCGGCCUCUCUCAGGCUCAUCCUCUCCAUGAUGAAGGAAAUGAAGAUGAAGACGACGUUGACAUCACCACCAGGAUUCUGACCUCCAACAACGCCACAAAUGAGAUCCUGCUGGAAGAUGAUGAAGGAAAUGAAGAUGAAGACGACGUUGACAUCACCACCAGGAUUCUGACCUCCAACAACGCCACAGAUGAGAUCCUGCUGGAAGGAGACCUGCUCGCUCCCAAAACCAGAAACGCCAUGAAGUGCUGGUAUCAGAGCUGCCAGUGGAAGAAAGGAAACAAUGGUCUGGUGACAAUCCCAUUCACUGUGAGCAGUCAGUUCACCAGCUGGGAAAAGCAGAAGAUCGACUCUGCCCUGAAGGUCUACCACAGCAGUACCUGCAUCCGCUUUGUCCCCCGUCAGAACCAGUAUGACUACAUCAGCAUCGAGAACAGAGCUGGAUGUUUCUCCGCUCUGGGCAGAGUGGGAGGAAGACAGGUGCUCUCUCUGAACAGACAGGGCUGCGUCUACCACGGUGUCGUCCUGCACGAGAUCAACCACGCUCUGGGCUUCCAGCAUGAGCAGACCAGGAGCGACCGUGACAACUAUGUCAAGAUCAACUGGGAGUACAUUAACCCACAGAAUGCCUACAACUUCUACAAGCAGGACACCAACAACCUGAACACUCCCUACGACUACUCCUCCAUCAUGCACUAUGGAAGAACAGCCUUCACUGUCCAGUACGGGAGAGAUACAAUCACUCCCAUCCCCAACCCCAAUGUCCAGAUCGGCCAGAGACGGGGCAUGUCCCACUCGGACAUCAUCAGGAUCAACGCACUCUAUGGCUGCUAAUAAUGCUAAUGUUAAAUGUCCUGUUUGUGUUCCUUUUUUUCUGCCAUUAAUAAAAAGCAACUACAACAUAUGAUAACUACAUUCUUUGUGAAUUCUGAUAACAGAAUAUAUGACCACAACAUGUCUCAAAUGUCCAAAAUAAAGCUAAAGCAUCA